CGCGAUCAGAAGCUGCGGCACGUGUUUCCUGCGUCCGCUUUAAGACUUUUGGUGGGAUUCGACUGCAAUAAUCUUAUUGAGCUUUAUCCUUCGUAUUGAGUAAUCCCGCAUGUGAGUAAUUAUGCCAUGUGAAGCCCUCCGAUAAACAGCCAUGGCCACCGCUGGGAGAGGGGAUGCAGGCGCCGAUCCCGCUUCCAAUCCAGGGACCGUCGCUAUCUGUUUUUGCGAGUCCGCUCCUUUGCUGUGGCGGGCCGGGGACGUGAGGACCGCACGGCAGACAGGCGUGGUGGGCACUCUGGUGGGUUCGUUAGCCCGGCAGCCUCGGCAAAACUGCCGACUGGGACGGCCGCUGGAGCUUCUGCAGGAGGAAGCGCGGCUGCUGGCCGAUGCAGGGCGAGCUGUGCUUCUCUCGUCAUCGCAACCGAAGAGCACAGGUGCGGCCAACCCUGAGCUCAUAAAACGGUACCAGGAGCAGAUGGACCAGAGCUAUUCUGAACAGAGCCAACUGGCACAACAGGACAAGAAGGCUGUGCUGCAGAGGGUUAUGGCAGAUAAGAAGCAAGGCAGUGAUCAGAGUGAGCAGGCCUUACAGGAGCAGUUGCUGGCCCUUGACCAAGGCUUCACUUUCCCCCGCGCUGCCAUGGCUGUUCAGCUGAGCACCGCCCGGGCCGGCAUGAGCUACGCCCCAGAGGAGCUGCACUUCCUGGCUGCCGAUUCGCUGAAGCCUCGGGAUGAGCGACGGGACGCCCGUUACCGCGUCUUCAGCGACCUGAGGAGGCGGGGCUUCUACCUCACCACCGGCGGGAAGUUUGGCGGGGAUUUCCUGGUGUAUCCCGGUGACCCCCUACGCUUCCACGCGCACUUCAUCGCAGUAUGCCUUCCGAUGGACGAGGCCCUGCCGCUGUGCGACCUCCUGGCCCUGUCCCGCUUGGGCGCCAACGUGAAGAAGACCGUCCUGCUGUGCUCGCCGGGGGCCGAGCCGGAGGAGGUGCUCUAUACCUCUCUGCAGUGGAGUGGGAUGGUGUAGGACCUUCACAGCUGUACUACGACCCUGACCUCUCCAUAGACCUUUACAAUGGCAAACAAGCUGAUUGUCAAUAAAAUAUUUAUUUAUGGCAAA